UUUAUAGCAACUUGGCCUGUCGGCACCAAACAUUGCCGGGCACUGUUGCAGUGUUGGAUCAUAGUACUAGUAGAUGGUUGAUUCACUUUGCAUGUUUGUGUUUAUUGUGUGAAAAUGGCAAGCUUUACAGAUGCAACGUUAGUGAAAAAACUGAAGGAAGUAAACAAUACGCAGCAGAGUAUUCAGACCCUCUCACUGUGGCUCAUCCAUCACAGAAAACACGCCAAAAAGAUCGUUGUGGUGUGGUUCAGCGAACUGGGGAAAGCACCUAUAGCUAGGAAGCUGACACUAAUGUAUCUGGCAAAUGAUGUGAUACAGAACAGCAAGAAAAAGGGACCAGAAUUCAAUAAAGCCUUCCUUGAUGUGUUAGCUGGUGCAGUACGCCACAUUGCGAGUGAUUGCAAGGAUGAAAAAACUCUCAAAUCUGUCAUGCGAAUUGUCAGGAUAUGGGAAGAGCGUGGUGUUUAUGAUGCAACUUUCUGCAAACAACUAAAAAAGUCAUUUGAGGAUGGUAGCGGAAGCCUGACAAAGGAGACUACUACUACUAAAGUUCCAUUGGUGAAGCAACAUCGUAAACAGAAGAAACACAAGAGAGGUAAAAAAAGCCAUGAGUCAAAGUCAACGCCAGUUGAGCCUCCAACCUCUACUAAAAAGAGGAAACUAGAGGAGGUCAUUGCCUUAACAGAGGAACUUGUAGCAGAUGAGGAACCCUUGGAUCCCCCAGAUGCAGAUGAGUUGGUGAGAGCACUAGAGCAGUUAGAACAGUCAGCCUCCGGUGAUGCUGCUGUGCGCGAGAAGAUCGCCUCUCUGCCACCGGAAGUCUCUGAUAUAUCGCUACUGGAGAAACUAAAAGACAAGCAGGAUGCAGACAGGCUUGGAGCUCAGGUGGAGGCAGCCGUGUCGCUGCUGUCGGAUUACAAUGGUCGUCUGUACGCUGAACUGGAAGAGAGGCGCCAUGUUUCACGCAUGCUAGGUGCUUUCAUAUCUGCUCAACGGCAACACCUCGAUGACUCGCAAAAGUUGCUGCAGGAAUGGAAGAAAAAACUAGAGAGUGUAAUAAAUGUGCGCAAGGAGCUCAAAUCACAUCUACAAAACCUGCCUGACCUCACGUUGCUGCCAGAUGUCACCGGUGGAUUAGCACCACUGCCAUCUGCUGGUGACCUUUUCAGUCUCUGAAAUGCAGUAUUUCCCACGCAGUAUAGUGUACAUACAUGUGUCAAAAUAUUGUUUGUAUAAUUUGCAUAAUAUUAUUUGGUGUCCUGGUUGUGAAUCAGAGUCAUCGAUCCUUGUUUUAAAAUAUGUCCACUAUUUUUAAUGGACUCUGCGCUUUUCUGCAAAAUGAUAUGUAUGAUCUAUAGUCUGAUGUUACUUAUGAAAUGUUAGCUUACAUUGUUAAAAGGAGGCACUGAUGCACCUUUAGAUUAUGUUAGUUAAGGUCAGGGGAUUGCAAUUUGAUUAGGUCCACUAUCCAGCAACAUCUUACAAGACUAUACCAGUUCAUUCAAGAAAUAGUUUUGUAUGCCUUAUAUAUGUGUUUGUUAAUUUGAGUAACUGUUCUCUGAAGCAUGAUUGGCCAUUACUGGUUCUUUAUUAAUAUAUCUGGGCUCUUAUGGACAAGUUAUUAGUGUGUUGAAAAAGUGUUGAUUAUACACAUCGCUUGGUAUUUUUAUCUGAAUGAUAGUAGUUAGUAUCAAGGUCCGUUUUGCAGAAACAUCUGUAUGUAUAUAUAUAAAUGUGCGCAUAUGCAUCUACCAAACACAGACAGACAAUGUUUUGCUAUAGUAAAUAUCUUGAGUUUUAAAACUUGCCUUACAUUCAA